UUUCGCGAGCAUCGUGCAUAAUCGAACUUAGCAGUGAUCGCUCGAAAGUGUCGUGAUCAACGUGGGGCGGAAUUUACGCACCAACUUGUGUUCUAACUGUGACCUCAUCACAGGAACUACGUAGGAACUGUAUCAAAUCAAGAGAAUGGCUUUAAGAUUGUUGUUUGGAAGCAAAAUUCUACAACACAAACCAUUGGCCAAUGGGCAUGGAAUUUUUGCACAAUUCGGCCGAGCGGCAUCAACUGAUAAAGUUCCUACCUUCAAUUGGGAAGAUCCACUAAAUCUAGAAUCACAGCUGAAAGAGGAUGAAAUUGCCAUUCGCGAUUCGUUCCGGGCGUACUGUGAGGAUAAGCUACUGUCCCGCGUCAUUGAAGCGAACCGCAAUGAGGUGUUCCAUAAGGAGAUUAUGAAGGAACUUGGUUCGUUCGGUGUGCUAGGUUGCACGAUCAAGGGUUACGGAUGUGCCGGUGUCAGUAAUGUCGCUUACGGACUGUUGACACGUGAAGUAGAGCGAAUCGAUUCCGGUUACCGGUCCGCUUUCAGUGUACAGAGCUCGCUGUGUAUGGGAGCUAUCAAUGAUUAUGGCAGUGAGGCACAGAAGGAAAAAUAUUUGCCUCGUAUGGGACGUGGCGAAAUUAUCGGUUGCUUUGGACUGACGGAGCCAAAUCACGGCUCGGAUCCAUCGGCGAUGGAAACACGAGCGGUGCACGAUCCAAAGACGAAAACGUACGUGCUUACCGGAAGCAAAACGUGGAUCACCAAUUCGCCGAUCGCGGACCUGUGUAUCGUGUGGGGCAAAACGGAAGACGGGAAGGUGCGCGGAUUCAUCGUGGACCGAUCGGAAAGUUCCGAAGGUUUAGCAACACCACGAAUCGAAGGAAAGUUCUCGCUGCGUGCCUCGGCAACGGGCAUGAUUCUGAUGGAUGAGGUGCGCAUUCCGGAGGACAAUCUGUUGCCGAAUGUGAGUGGCAUGCGAGGACCGUUUGGAUGUUUGAACAAUGCACGGUACGGUAUUGCAUGGGGUGCGCUUGGUGCAGCGGAAUCCUGCCUUAAGGUGGCCCGUGGUUAUACGCUUGAUAGGAAGCAAUUUAAAAAGCCCCUAGCAGCAAAUCAGUUGAUGCAGAAAAAGAUGGCAGAUAUGCUGACGGAGAUCAGUCUUGGAUUGGCGGCUUGUUUGCACGUCGGACGGCUAAAGGACCAAAAGCUACACACGCCAGAAAUGAUUUCAUUGCUUAAACGUAACAAUGCUGGCAAAGCCUUGGAAAUUGCACGCGUGGCGCGUGAUAUGCUCGGUGGUAACGGAAUCGCGGAUGAAUAUCACAUUAUUAGGCAUGUGAUGAAUUUAGAAGCGGUUAACACUUAUGAAGGAACUCACGAUAUCCAUGCUCUCAUCCUUGGGCGCGCAAUCACUGGACUGCAGGCAUUUGCUUAGGACUGUAAUAAUGUUACGCUAAACUGCUUGCAAGCACACUAUUUGUUUGUAAAUAAAGCGUAUUAUAUUGUUCUCA